AAAGAUGGUGUUCAAAAUUUUUUGAAUUAUGCAUUUCUCAAGACUGGUGAAGAGCAUAAAAUUAGAUGUCCGUGUGUCAAGUGUAAGAAUAGUGGUUAUAGAUCUCGUGAAGUGGUUGAAAUGCAUCUAUAUGUGUAUGGAAUUUUGCCAAAUUAUACAUUUUGGUAUCACCAUGGUGAAAGGCGUGGUGAACCACAAUAUGAUAAUGAAGAAAAAGAAGAAAAAGAAGAAAAAGAAGAAGAAGAAAGUCAAAAUGAUGAAGAGAUUCAAGAAUUAUUACAAGAUGUAUAUCCUGAUUAUUAUAGCUUUGGUAAGAGUGGGUCUAAUAUUGGUACUUCAAGUCAUAUUGAGCAUGGAGAGGAACCAAAUGAAGAAGCAAAUGCAUUUUACUGGCUGUUAAAGGACUUUGAGCAACCGGCUUACCCAGGUUGUCAUACCUCUAAGUUAUCGAUUAUUGUCAAAUUGUUACAUAUCAAGAGCAUUGGUCGAUGGAGUAAUGAAUCAUUUGAUAUGUUGCUUCAAAUGUUAAAAGACAUACUCCCAUUAGGUUCAUCUUUGCCAGAAACAUAUUAUGAUGCCAAAAAAAUCAUUAGAGAUCUUGGUCUCUCUUAUGAAAAAAUAGAUGCAUGUGUUAAUAAUUGUAUGUUGUAUUGGAAAGGUGAUGAUGAGUUUGGUUCAUGCAAAAUUUGUGGUGCUUCAAGAUGGAAAGAAGAUAUUCACAGUGGGGAAAUUAAAAUUAAAAGUAAUGGAAAAAAAGUGCCACUGAAGACAAUGCGGUACUUUCCUUUAAAGCCAAGACUUCAAAGAUUAUACAUGUCUAGGAAUAUAGCUUCUUUUAUGAGAUGGCAUCAUGACUCAAGAGUGGAUGAUGGAGUAAUGAGGCAUCCGGCUGAUUCUAUGGCAUGGAAACACUUUGAUGAAAUUCACAAAGAAUUUUCUUCCGAGCCUCGUAAUGUAAGACUUGGUCUUGCAAGUGAUGGUUUCCAACCAUUUAAUCAAUCCAAAACAUCAUACAGCAUUUGGCCAGUAAUACUCAUUCCAUACAAUUUGCCUCCAUGGAUGUGCAUGAAGGAUUCUAAUUUUAUUUUAUCAAUUCUCAUACCUGGUCCCGAGGGUCCCGGUGAUGCAAUUGACAUCUAUCUUAAACCUUUAAUAGAAGAGUUAACGGAAUUGUGGGAAGUAGGUGUUGACACAUUUGAUGCUUCAACUCGUCAGAACUUCAAAUUGCAUGCAUCAUUAUUGUGGACUAUUAAUGAUUUCCCAGCUUACGGGAAUCUAUCUGGUUGGAGUACUAAAGGUAAAAUGGCAUGUCCUCGUUGUAAUAAGGACACAUGUUCUAUGUGGUUAUCCAAUUGCAGCAAGCAAUGCUAUAUGGGUCAUCGACGUUAUCUUCCUAGCAAGCACAAAUGGAGGAAUGAUAAAAGUUUAUUUGAUGGAACAAGGGAGUUGAGGCCACCACCAAAGUCAGUUUCGGGAAGUGAUAUACUUGCUCAAGUUAGUGAUCUUGAAGGAAUCACAUUGACUAAAGAUGUCCAAAAAAGGUGAAAAUAUCACAUGAGAAGAGGGGUGAUAAUUGGAAUAAGAAAAGUAUAUUUUUUGAACUUCCAUAUUGGAGCACCCUUUUAUUGCGUCACAAUUUAGAUGUGAUGCACAUUGAGAAGAAUAUAUGUGAUAAUGUUCUUGGGACAAUUAUGAAUAUAAAGGGGAAAAGCAAGGACAAUGUUCAAGCACGCCUAGAUUUAGAGGCUAUGAAAAUUAGACCAGAGUUGCAUCCAAUUCAUAAAGGGGAUAAACUUGAGUUGCCUAUAGCAUCAUACACAUUAUCUAAGAAUGAGAAGCACUUGUUUUGCUUAUUUUUAAAGCAACUAAGAGUUCCAGAUGGAUUCUCAUCAAAUAUUUCUCAAUGUGUAAACAUGAAAGAACAUAAAAUCUCAGGGUUAAAGAGUCAUGAUUGUCAUGUUCUAUUACAACAUUUAAUUCCUCUGGGAAUACGUGGCCUCCUCCCUAGCUCAGUUUGUGAGCCCCUUAUUGAGUUGUCCUUAUUUUUUACUAGUCUAUGUGCAAAGACAUUAAGGGUUGAUGAGCUAAGUCAAAUUGAACAACAGAUUGGUUUAACUUUGUGCAAGUUAGAACAAGUAUUUCUCCCUUCAUUCUUUGAUGUGAUGGUGCACUUACCUGUGCAUUUAGCUAGUGAGGCAAAAAUUGGUGGACCAGUCCAAUAUAGAUGGAUGUACCCCAUUGAGCGAAUGCUAUAUGAGCUAAAGAAACUUAUCCGUAACAUGGCUCGUCCUGAAGGCUCAAUAGCAGAAGGCUAUAUUGCAAAGGAGUGCAUGACUCUUUGCUCAAGAUACUUGAAAAGCAUUGGCACAAAAUUCAAUAGACUUGAGCGAAAUAAUGAUGGUGGUUCAUAUACAACUAAUGCUGAAAUAUCCAUAUUUUCAAAACCAGGACGAGCAUUAGGAGCCGGUAUUGCUCGUAAUCUUAGUGAUGAUGAGUGGCUACAAGCUCAUAUUUAUGUUUUAAAGAAUUGUGAUGAAGUUCAACAUUUUCUCAAUGAGUACUCUGAAAUUCAAAAUAACAAUGUACCAGAAAUGUCAAGUGAUGAGUGGAAUAAUUCUUUUGUCGGAUGGUUUAAAAGUAAGGUUACAGAAAUGAAUAUGCAAUGCCAACACACAAAAAGUGAAAGUUUACAAUCGUUGGCUCGCGGUCCAAUAAAAUAUGUGACAUGUUUUAAUGGCUAUGUUGUCAAUGGAUUUAGGUUCCGAAUUGAAGAUAAUGACAAAGGUUGUAGAACACAAAAUUCUGGUGUGUAUGUAAUUGGUGACUUAGGUACUGAAACAAACCCUGUUGAAUAUUAUGGAGUAUUGACGGAGAUUCUUGAGCUACAAUAUCUCGGUGCGAGACGGGUAGUAUUGUUUCGAUGUCGAUGGUUCAAUGUGCAUGACAAUGAGAAAGGAGCAAGAGUUGAUGGAUAUGGAUUUACUACAAUUAAUCCACAGCGUAUUUUGAGAACAAAUGAACCUUUUAUUUUGGCCAAUCAAGCAUCACAGGUGUUUUAUGCCAUUGACAACAUGGUUAAAGGUUGGCAUGUUGUCAUUAAAACGCAACCUCGUGAUUUAUAUAAGAUGCCACAGUCAGAAGAGGUCGAGAAUGACAUCGUAGAGAAUGACAGCAUAGAGGAUUUAGGUGAAGCAUAUCAAUAUGGUGAAUCAUUUAAUUUUAAGUGUACUGGGGAUCCUGUGAAUUUUGAUAAUCAGAGUACGUGGACAAGAACUGAUGUGGAACCAAUAGAAGUUGAAGUAUCAACACUAAAAAAGAAUAGAAAACGAAAAGCAACUUGAGAGGCUAUUUAUGAUAUCUCAAAUCAGGUGAUGAAUGAAAAAAGUAGCAAAAACAUGAAUAACAAGCUUCCUAAAAUUUUAGCACCCGGUAUGUUGGCUCAGUUGCGUGGAAAUAGACAAAAUUCUUUUCACCCCGGAAAUGGAAGGAGUAAACUUGGAACUUCACAAUCAUUGACUGCCCAAGAAAUUCAAAGUAGCACCAACUAUUCAACUAAUAGUGGUUUCUCAUCUCAUACUCUGGUUAUGCACUUUGAGGAACUAGAAUUUCAAGAAAAGGAUUUUAAUGAAGAUAGUUCUUUUUUGGAUAUCUUAAACUUAUGUAAAAAGUUUGUUGACAUCUAUUCCGUUGGAAUCAAAGUCACUGAUGGCGAUGGUAGGCCAUUGAAAAAUGAUCGAGAUGUUCUAACUAUGGUUAUGAAUCAUGAACAUGUUAAUUUCAUACAUGUUUAUAUGGAAGUGGAUCAAAAUGCCCAACCUUUGAGUUUUAAGAUGCCAGAAGACAAUACACUAGCUCCACGUGUCCCAUCAAAUCCAACAGUGAGAAACAUUAAGAUAUUGGGUGAUUUUAAGGUGAACAAAAAGGUAAAAAUAUGUGGGGCCGUCAUUGGAGGAAUUGAACAAGCAAGUACAGUUCAAUUAUUUAUUGCUAUUUCUGAGAAUUUUGAUAUGGAAGAAAACUUAAAAGCUAUCAGUGAAUCUAAGACUGAAAAGGAGUUCUAUUUGCCCUUAGAAGCCGUAGGUCACUAUGUUGUGGCAAAGUAUACUCCUAUCAGUGAAGAUGGUAAAUUUGGUGAACCUGUGUUUGUCACAUCUAACAAAAUGGUCGAAAUUUCAUCUCCCAGAAAAGAAAAAAAAGUUAGAGGGGAAAACAAGAACAAAAAAAAUUGUAGCUUUGAAGAAAGGAGAAAAACUUGAUAUUGUAUUCUACAACAAUCGUCCAGUGGGAAAAAAUCAUCAAUAUUGGUCAAGAC